AUGUUAAAAGCCGACUAUGAUAAUUACAGGGGCGGGCGCUUCGGCGGGGCGCGGUUUGUGCGCGGCGGCGGGGCGGGCAAGGCGUUCAGCGUGAACCAGAGCGUUGACCACCGGCCGAGGGCGCUGCUCGUCUCCGGCUUCGAGCCCGACGAGCUGGACGCGCUGCUCGUGCACUUUGCGCAAUUCGGCGAGGUGACCGGCAAGGAGGUGAACCUGGCGGUGCCCGAGCUGGUGCUGCAGUACCGCGCCAGGGCGCAGGCCGAGCUCGCCGUGCAGCUCGCCAGGCACUACAACGACCGCACCCUCUCGAUAACGUGGGUGACGAACACAAAAACUAUAAAUGCUGCGCAACCGGCCCAAGUGCAGAACGGUGACAGUACGCAGGACGAACCGAAGGAGAAUGAGAAGCGGGAUUCGGAGGAGACGCUGCUACGCUUCGACGAGGAGGAGGAGGAGGGCGAAGAGGAGGACCGCUCGUGGCGCCGU